AUGUCCGGUACGAUUUCUGAACCAUGCGUUAUACACUGCCUUUCAAAUGUACAAAUCGUAGAAUUUUCUAAAGAAUUUAAAAAACAAUUAAAAAUUAAAAACCACAGCCUCCACCCUUUUCGUUUGGAACUUCUAGAUCUCUCUGCUUCCUCUUCGCUCGGACGCGCGAAAAUUCCAAAAAAAAUUCUUGUCCGGUCAUUUCUCGAUCUAACAGAUCCACCGGCGGCCGAUACAAUGAGACCAACGACGACUUCAUCUGCCGCGUCUUCCUCCGCCACCACAACGACAACAACAAUAGUACUGGAGAACCCAGCCCAGCAGCAACCGCAACCGCAACCGCCAUCGCAAACCCUAGUUUUGCGCCUGAAUCGGCCUAAGAAGAAAGUUUCAUGGAAGGAAGGCACCGUGGACAACGAAUUCAUGCAGAAGAAGAGCUCCAAGAAGUGCUGCAUCUUCCACAAACAGAAGCCCUUCGAUGAGGACGACAGCGACGAGGACGAGGACGAUCAACAUCGGAAUCAUGGCGGCGGCCAUCACGAUCAUCCCUCCUCGGAAGGCUGCUGUUCUUCCAGCAACGGCCAGUGUGGUUGAUAAAUUCGGGCUGCCGCAUUGCUUUUAUGAUCCUGUUAUUUGGUGUGCCCCGAUUGAUUUCAUUUCUCAUUUUGGACCCAUAAAAGAACUCAUUGGAUUGGAGAACUGCCGAAGGCAGCUGAGAUCGAGCUUUAUUUGUUUGUAUACGUGCAUUCUGAAUCCAUUAAUAGUUUAACCUUGAUGUUCUUUCUUUCACCAUGACCCCUGACUUUGUUGUGUUGCCUCGAACCAGUCCCUCCGCCCCAUGGUGGGGUUUCUGCUAGGCGCAGAAUCUAGAAAAUCAAUGUAGAAUGCUUGUGAAUCACUCAGUCAUGGUUCUUUCUCAUUGGAAAUGACCCUUGUAGUAUACUUUUACUGCCUGGGUUGGUUUUUUUUUUCACACCAUAAAGUGCC